AUGUCCGGAAUGACAGUUUUUAAGCGCGACGGCCGUAAAGAAAGCGUAGCCUUUGAUAAAAUCACAGCGAGAAUCAAUAAGCUUUGCUAUGGACUUGAUUCAAAUCACGUAGACCCAAUUGAGAUUACAAAGAAGGUCGUACAAGGUGUUCACCAGGGCAUCACCACCGUCGAGCUCGACAAUUUAGCUGCCGAAACGGCUGCAUACCUCACUGUAAAACACCCUGAUUACGCUGUACUCGCAGCUAGAAUAGCCAUUUCAAACUUACACAAGGAAACCAAGAAGGCUUUUUCGGCUGUUAUCGAAGAUCUCUACAAAUAUGUAAAUCCAAGAAAUGGCAAGCCAGGUCCACUUAUUAGCGACGAGACGUAUGAUAUAAUAAUGAAAAACCGCGGCGUACUUGACUCUGCUAUCCUCUACGAUCGCGAUUUUAACUACAAUUUCUUUGGUUUUAAGACUCUUGAAAGAUCAUACCUUCUUCGUAUAAAUGGCAAGGUCGCAGAGCGUCCACAGCACAUGUUGAUGCGUGUAGCAGUUGGAAUCCACGGUGCAGACAUCGAGCGCGUUAUCGAAACUUAUAACCUUAUGUCAAUCAAGGCAUUUACGCACGCCAGUCCAACCCUCUUCAAUGCUGGUACACCACAGCCUCAAAUGUCCUCGUGCUUCUUGGUUACUAUGCAAGACGACUCCAUUGAAGGCAUUUACGAUACUCUCAAGUCUUGUGCCCUUAUUUCAAAGACUGCAGGUGGUAUCGGUUUAAACAUACACUGCAUUCGUGCAACCGGAUCUUACAUUUCUGGUACUAAUGGUUCUUCAAAUGGUAUCGUACCAAUGCUCAGAGCAUUUGAUGCAACAGCACGUUACGUUGAUCAAGGUGGUAAUAAGAGACCUGGUGCUUUUGCCAUCUACCUUGAGCCAUGGCACCCUGACGUCUUUGAGUUCUUGGAUUUGCGUAAAAACCACGGUAAGGAAGAAGUCAGAGCCCGUGAUUUAUUCUAUGCUUUAUGGAUACCAGACUUGUUCAUGCAACGUGUUCAAGAGAACGGUGACUGGCCUUUGUUCUGCCCACACGAAGCACCUGGCUUACAUGAGGUUUGGGGUAAAGAAUUUGAGCAACUCUUCUUCAAGUACGAGAGAGAAGGUAGAUCAAAGAAGGUGGUCAAAGCACAAAAGCUUUGGUACUCUAUUCUCGACUCACAAGUCGAGACUGGUGGUCCAUUCAUGUUAUACAAAGAUCACGCAAAUGCCAAGUCUAACCAACAAAACCUUGGUACAAUCAAGAACUCAAACUUGUGCACAGAGAUUAUUGAAUACUCUGCGCCUGACGAAGUUGCCGUGUGUAACCUCGCUUCGAUCGCUUUACCAUCAUACAUCAAAGAUCGCAGGUUCGACUUUAAGGAAUUGCAUAAGGUUACAAAAGUACUUACUCGCAACCUCAACCGUAUCAUUGAUGUGAAUUACUAUCCAGUAAAGGAGGCUCGUAACUCUAACAUGCGCCAUCGUCCAAUUGGUUUGGGUGUUCAAGGUCUUGCGGAUGCAUUCCAACUGUUAAGAUUUCCUUUCAGCUCAGAAGAAGCAAGGUUACUCAACAAGCAAAUAUUUGAAACCAUCUACCACGCUGCCGUUGAAUCAUCCACAGAACUUGCUACCGAAUUCGGUCCAUAUGAGACUUAUCAAGGCAGUCCAGCUAGCAAGGGACAGUUGCAAUAUGAUUUAUGGAAUGUUCAACCCACUAAUUUAUGGGACUGGAAUGAUUUGAAGCAGAAGGUGGCUCGUUGUGGUUUGAGAAAUUCACUUUUAGUCGCACCAAUGCCAACAGCUUCAACAUCACAAAUAUUAGGAUUCAAUGAGUGCUUUGAACCUUAUACAUCAAAUAUUUACACAAGAAGAGUUUUAUCUGGAGAAUUCCAGAUAGUAAACCCAUGGCUGUUGAAGGACUUGUGUGAGUUGGGAUUAUGGAAUGAUGGUAUGAAGAACAAGAUUAUUGCGCACGGUGGAUCAAUUCAGAAUAUCUCAGAAAUUCCAUAUGAGAUCAAGGAACUGUACAAGACGGUUUGGGAAAUAAGUCAGAAGGUUGUCAUAGAUUUGGCUGCUGAUAGAGGGGCGUUCAUUGAUCAAAGUCAGAGUUUGAAUGUUCAUUUGGCGUCACCAACCCAUGCACAGCUAACAUCUAUGCAUUUCUAUGCUCACAAGAGAGGAUUGAAGACUGGUAUGUACUACUUGCGCACACGUCCACAAUCAGCAGCUAUUCAAUUCACUGUCGACAAGGAAGCAUUAGAUGAGGCGAAGAGUGCACAAAGUGGCAAGUCAACACCAACAAGUGCACCAACACCACCCAAUAUACUCAAUGGAGUUGAAAGAAUGAAGUUGGAGGAUAAGAAUAGUAGCACGCGCUCGAAUGCAGCGAGAAAUGUUUCAACGCCAGUAAGAGCAGCCACCAUUUCAAGAGCAGUGAGUGGAAUUGAGAAUACGUCAUCAAUCAAGCGCACGCUGUCUUCUCACAUUGACAUUGAGAAUGAUGAGAACAACCAACCAAGAGGAGAAGAAAUAGUGGCUGGUGAAGAAACGGAAGAUGAAGAUGAAAUUGAUUUUGAGACAGCCAAAGCGAGAAUGGAAGCUAAGCAACUCGAGCAAGAGAAGCUUAUUUGUAGCAUUGAGAACAAGGAAGCUUCAACAUUGGCUGGCGGUGCAGCGGGCGUGGUGGCAAGCGUGCUUACAUGUCCAUUAGACGUAAUAAAAACUAGACUACAAGCUCAAAAGAAGUCCAAAGGACACACGCUGGAUGGUGUAAUUGAUACGGUAAAGAAAAUAUCUCAUGAACAAGGAUACAAAGGUUAUUACAAAGGAUUGGGUCCGACGAUACUUGGCUAUCUUCCAACUUGGGCCAUUUACUUUACAGUUUAUGACGAGGUCAAGGCUAUUCUUUCAAGCAAGCGAGGUGACCCCGAUGGAGUAGAUUGGUCAACUCAUAUGAUUGCAUCUGCUAGUGCGGGCGCUACAGGCGCAACUCUCACCAACCCAUUGUGGGUGGUAAAAACAAGAUUCAUGACUCAGGAGAAGGGAACGAUACCAUAUAGACAUACUUUACACGCUUUGGAAUCCAUUUAUAAGAAUGAAGGGAUGAAAGGUUUCUAUAAAGGAUUGAUACCGUCACUGGUCGGAGUGACGCACGUAGUAAUUCAAUUCCCGGUGUACGAAAGACUCAAGUUGAAAAUGAAGAAGGCUGAUAAUGGUGAAUUAUCUACUAUUUCACUUCUCGCCUGCUCUUCAAUAUCCAAAAUGAUGGCAUCAGUUUCGACUUAUCCACACGAAGUAGUCAGGACGCGACUCCAGGUGGAGAGGAGUGUAAUUGGAUUGAUCGUAGCAGCUAGCGCUGCUCCAGCCGGCUCAUCAGCACAGAAUGAACAUGCAGCUACCGUAGAUAAGAGAGACUUUGGAGACUUUAUUCAAGGCGCUGAAGAUACUGGCGAAGAUAUAAAGGAUUUCUUCACCGGAGAAAAGCGUGAUUGGAUGGAUAAAACUUCAGACUUUUUCGACAAUAUUGGAGACGCCUUCACCGGCGAUGACGAUAAGCAAAAGCGCGAUUGGGUUGAGGACGCUUCAAAUUUCUUCGAUAACAUUGGAGACGCCUUCACCGGCGAUGACGACAAGCAAAAGCGCGAUUGGAUCGACGAUAUCGGACAAUUCAGUGAGAACGUCAAGGAUAUGUUCGAUGGUGAUGAUAAGUAG